CGAAGAAGAAGACGAAGGAAGUGACGACACGGACGAGUGUUGACAAAUCCAGCUAUCUUGUGCUAGUUCGGUGGCAUGAUAUUUUACUGACAUUUUACUAAAGUUUUCGUCCAUAAUGAGUUCUCCAGAGGACAGACAUGGAACAAAACGACCUGCAUCUCCAAGUCAAGAUGGGUCUACUCAGUGGGCCUCAGCUGAUCUGGGAAGUGAUGAGAGGAAACAGAAGUUCUUACGGUUGAUGGGUGCUGGCAAGAAAGAACACACGGGACGUCUCGUCAUUGGUGACCACAAGUCAACAUCCCACUUCCGUAGUGGACAGGAAGAGAAGAAGAUCAGUGAGCAGCUGGAGAUACAGUACCAGCAGGGCAUGGAUGGGAAGCUGUCAGGCCGGAACCGGAGACACUGUGGCCUGGGUUUCAGUGAGCCUGAGCCACAGCUGCCGUCGAUUCCCACCCCACCAGGGGACAGUCAGACAAAAGAAACUGAACCAGAGAAGUCAACCAGUGAAAAAGAACCGACAGAUGCCCAGGAGGAAGUCUGCGAUCCCAUCUCUAAGGAACAGACCUCAGACCAGGCCAAGCCCAGCUCUGACGGCGGGAGUGAAGAACGGAAACACAAUUACAAAAUGGCUUUUGUGAAGUCCACGUAGGACUAACGGGACGGGCAGGGAGAAAUUUGUUUUUGUAAUCUCAAAUUUGUACAUUUUGACAUUACUCAUUUAACUGUCGGCGAUCAUUCGUCAUUUUAGUUCUUUUACUGUGUAGAAAUGGGUUCUCUACACAAGCACUCACCUCUGGCCAACACUGGUGUGCAUGCUGUCAAAAAAUGAAAACAUCAGUGUUUGUUUAGUGGUGUUGUAUCAUGUCAAGAUGGCAAAUGGUCUGUUUUUUAUUUAGUUUGAGCAUUUUAACAGUCUCUGUAUUUGCCAUGAAUUGUGUUGGAUGAAAUAGGGUCACAUGCCUUUCAGAAUGAUCGGUAUACACAUUGUGGAUUUUGUGAUUUCUCGUUUGAAAGCCAAUAAAAGGAAGUGUCAGUUGUA